AUCCAGUGCACAAAUGAGAUGAAUGUGAACAUCCCACAACUGGCAGACAGUUUGUUUGAAAGAACUACCAACAGUAGCUGGGUAGUGGUCUUCAAAUCUCUCAUCACAACCCAUCAUCUAAUGGUGUAUGGAAAUGAGCGUUUUAUCCAGUAUCUGGCGUCCAGAAACACAUUGUUUAAUUUGAGCAAUUUCCUAGACAAAAGUGGAUUGCAAGGUUAUGACAUGUCAACGUUUAUCAGACGGUAUAGUAGGUAUCUGAAUGAAAAGGCAGUUUCCUAUAGGCAAGUGGCUUUUGACUUCACAAAAGUAAAAAGAGGGGCUGAUGGAGUGAUGAGAACAAUGAGCACAGAAAAACUCCUAAAAACUGUACCAAUUAUACAAAAUCAAAUGGAUGCACUUCUUGACUUCAAUGUCAAUAGCAAUGAACUUACAAAUGGUGUAAUUAAUGCUGCCUUCAUGCUCCUCUUCAAAGAUGCCAUUAGACUGUUUGCGGCAUAUAACGAAGGGAUUAUUAACCUCUUGGAAAAAUACUUUGAUAUGAAAAAGAACCAAUGCAAAGAAGGCCUUGAUAUAUAUAAGAAGUUCCUCACUAGAAUGACACGGAUCUCGGAGUUCCUUAAAGUUGCAGAGCAAGUUGGAAUUGACAGAGGAGACAUACCAGAUCUCUCACAGGCACCGAGUAGCCUUCUUGAUGCUUUGGAACAACAUUUAGCUUCUCUAGAAGGGAAGAAAAUCAAAGAUUCCACAGCUGCAAGCAGGGCUACCACCCUUUCCAAUGCAGUCUCUUCCCUUGCAAGCACUGGCCUGUCCCUCACAAAAGUUGAUGAAAGGGAAAAACAAGCUGCUUUAGAGGAAGAACAGGCUCGCUUAAAAGCUUUAAAGGAACAACGUCUAAAAGAACUUGCAAAGAAACCUCAUACCUCUUUAACAACUGCAGCUUCUCCUGUGUCGACUGCAGCAGGAAGCAUAAUGACUACACCAGCCAUUGAUAUUUUUUCUACCCCUAGCUCUUCAAACAGCACUUCAAAGCUGCCAAAUGAUCUGCUCGAUUUGCAGCCAACUUUUCAUUCAUCUGUACAUCCUAUAUCUGCUGCUCCACAAGUAGGAAGUACCUGGGGAGAUCCUUUUUCUGCUACUGUUGAUAGUGUUGAUGAUGCCAUUCCAAACCUAAAUCCUUUCCUUACAAAAACUAACGAUGCUGCUCAUCUGUCUGUGUCUUCUGAUGUAUCUGCUUUCACCAGUAGGACACCCACACAUGAAAUGUUUGUUGGGUUCACUCCAUCUCCUGUUGCUCAACCACAGCCAUCAACUGGCCUUAAUGUUGACUUUGAGUCUGUGUUUGGAAACAAAUCUUCUAAUGUUGUCCUAGAUUCUGGUGGAUUUGAUGAACUAGGUGGUCUCCUAAAACCAACAGUGGCCUCUCAAAACCAGAGUCUUCCAGUUGCCAAAGUACCACCUAACAAAUUAGUGUCAGAUGAUCUGGAUUCAUCUUUAGCCAAUCUUGUAGGCAAUUUGGGCAUUGGAAAUGGAACUACUAAAAAUGAUGUAAACUGGACUCAGCCAGGUGAAAAGAAACUAACAGGUGGUUCCAACUGGCAACCCAAGAUUGCGCCUACAACUGCGUGGAAUGCUCCAACGUUGAAUGGCAUGCAUUUUCCACAAUACGCACCACCGGUAAUGGCAUAUCCUGCCACAACGCCGACAGGAAUGAUGGGCUAUGGGAUGCCAUCACAGAUGGGAGGCAUACCAGUAAUGACACAGCCAACUUUAAUAUACAGUCAGCCAGUCAUGAGACCACCAAACCCUUUUGGCCCUGUACCGGGAGCACAGCUGUCUGCAGCAUCCAGCCCUUCCAGUCAGAGUCCUCACAGAGCCUCAGGAAAGGAUCCCUUUGCAGAGCUCUCUCUCCAGGAUUUCUUGUAGAACAACUUAGAUUCAGUUUAUGUAACUGUGUUAGAUGGAAGAGAAAGGAACGUUUCCAAAAAGAUGUGCUCACCAGUAAAUCCCCACUUCCAGGAAAAAACCAUGAACUUCAGUGUCUCAAACUCUCCUCUUCCAUGAAAUGAUCACUUCUCCAGUGAAACGAUGAAGACCAAUGAAGGAACCUGGGGCAACUCCGUAAGAAAACAUCAAUAUACAACACAAAACCAAGAAUUGCCAUGAAUUAAGACUAAGAUCUAUUUUUUUUGUCCUGGUGACUAACGCAUCGAUACUUUCAGCUUCUAAUAAUGUCCAUAAUCGGUAACGUACGAAGAGAAGCCUUUAUUCUGGAAAUUGAGAUUGACAUUUCGAAAUGCCGUCUGGAAUGGAGAUGUGUCCUUUACCGUAACUCAAAAUGAGACUUUGGGCAGGGGAGGGUCAAAUCCUAACUCUUAAUUCUGCAGUUACCUUUUCUUCAGUCCUCACAAGUGUAGGCACAGCAGUAAUGGAAAUUAACUUUUUAAAAAAAUUAUAUAUUCAGUUUGCAGUAGACAUUCCUUAUGUAUUAUUGUUUGUAUUUAUUUAUGAUUAUCAAUUUAACAUUAAUAUUGUAUCAAAAAAAACUCCUUAUGAAAAUGAGUAUGGAUGUAUACAGUAUGUCUGAUUUCUAUCCACAAAGAAUGAAUCUGAUUCAGAAUGCUUUUCAGCUGACAUACAGAGCACUAAAUAUUUUAAAGGUCUGAAUCUAAUGAAUUCUCAGUAUAUAUGGGAAUUAAGGAAGAGCUGUAAAAUGCAUUAAUCCUUAUAGUCAAUUCUGUGCCUAGGAUUUUGCAAGGGAACAGUUAACUGACUAGAAGAAGCACUACAUUUUUAAUUCAGCAUUAGUGCAUUGGGAAGGAACUUUACUGCUUUGUGCUUGGCAUGUCAUUAUUUUUACAUUUGACAUUAUAAGGCCUUUCCAAAAUGAAUGUGAGGAAUUGCUUUCACUUUAAGACUUUCCUUCCUUUCUG